UUUGUGGAGUGCCUUAAAGGAGGAAGAUGAUAUAAGGAGGCAUCUCGGACCUUAGGGUCCAGUUGACUGAAGGCUGAUCCUCCAGUUGCGGAGUGCUAAAAUGAGUGAUAUUCAAAAUGCCAGAAUUAGAUGAAGAGAUAUCUGAGAUUUGAGGGGCAGAAAGAAGUUACAGAGAUGGGAAGGAGUGAGAUUGCGGAGCUUGGCGAUUUUAAAAAUCAAGAUAUUGCUUAACCAGCAAUAAGUGUAGGUCAGUGGGCAAAAUGGUGAUUGUUGAAUAAGAAUGUUUUGAGUUAGGAGAACGGUCACAAGAAUUAUAGAUGACCCCAAGCUUAGAGGUUAGAAAGUGGAGGACCAGCUGGAGUGUAUUGAAAUAAUCAAUGGUGGCAAGAGUGAGACUUCCAGCUGCAGAUUUGCUGAGGUAGAGAAGAGUUUAUAUAAUACAGAAGUGUAAAUAGUUGAUUUAAAGAUGGCUUGGACUUCCGCUCAGGCAUAACAUGACACCAAGAUUGUGAGUACUGAUUUAGUCACACUAUUGCCAGAAAAUCAGAUGAAACAGUAACUAGGGACGCAACUUUGAAUGGAGGACCACGGUUUUCAUCAUCUUAAUACAAAUCGAAGGAAAUUUCUGCUCGUCCAAUAAUGGAUGUCAGAUAAACAGUCGGAUACUUUGCCAACAGUGGAGAAGACAAGAGAAGUGAUAGUGAAUUAGAACUGUUGCUAGCAUACGUGUGCUGUCUACAUAUGCUGAUUUUGAUGGAGGAAAUCCUUUUGUGAUAUAUGAGGAACGAUGAGCACAGCUUUUGGAGGUGACAAUAUGUUCAAGUGGUUUGAAGAGGAAAGAAAAGAAGAAGCAUAUCAUGUCCCGCUUGUUUCACCAAUGAGAGCACAGCGCUGAGGCAAAGUCCUAUAACGGUUUGUCCCUUGAGCGGCAGGAUUCGUCUGUUACCUCACGAGUUCGUCUGUUUGAACGAGAGGAAGAGACAAUGUCAUGUUUUGAAAAAGCUACUAUUACUGCUCUGGUCUACUUACAAGAAGAAGAACGGACCAUGACCAGCACUCAGUCUCGAGCCACUAAGGGAAAUGUGGCUGUUCAGGAGUUGGAGCUCACAUACUUUCUUGAGGCUGCAUUGCAAAGUGCUUAUGUGCAUUAUUUCAAAAAAGGGAACUUGGUCAAGGGAAUAAAACAAAUGCGGGAAAUAUUAAGAGCUAUGGAAACAAGGUCCACACAAAAUUUCAGAAUGACAAUAGCCAAACAACUGGCUGAGGUGCUUCUACGCAAUCUAUGUGAGAACAGUUAUUGGAAUCCAUUUUCAGAACCACCACCUGAUCUGGUCAAAAGUGAGGAAAGUGACUCUUUUCCGAUCAAUCUAACCACUGGUCCUCAACUCUAUCAAGGAGACAGCCUCUUCUGCCCAAAGGACAUUGUUGAAGAAGCUCUCCUCCUCCUCCUUAUCAGUGAGUCAAUGGUAAAUCGAGAUGGAGUAAUAAGUCGUGCACCAGACCAGAGAGAAGACCGCAACAUCAGCUUCCAGAAUGCCUCUGCCUUGUAUGAUCUCUUGAGCAUAACUAUGGGGAGAAGGAAACAGUAUGAAAUGCUGUCAGAAUGCUUGGAGAGAGCGAUGAAGUUUGCAUUUGAUGAAUUUCACCUGUGGUAUCAGUUAGCAUUUUCGUUGGUCGCUUGUGGCAAGUCAACUUGGGCUGUAUCCGCUCUUAGACAAUGUGCAAAUCUCCAACCCCGUGAUCCAAGUAUACCACUCAUGGCUGCCAAGGUCUGCCUUGGACCGAUACACUGGCUGGAAGAAGGAGAGAGAUUUUGCAAGAUUGUAACAAUCAUGGGAGAAGAAGCGGGUGAAUUUCUUAGCAAGGGCUAUCUGGGCCUAGGAUUGGUCUACAGUCUCCAAGCCACAGAUGCUCCUCUAAGGAGCAGCCGAGAUCAACUCCACAAGAAAGCAUUGAAAGCUCUCAAAAGAGCUCACAGUUUGGAUUGUGAAGAUCAUCGAAUUGCCCUAUACCUUUCUUUGCAGUUGGCAUUCAACAGGCAGAUCUCUGAAGCUAUUGAACAAUUACAAGUAGCGCUUAAACUCAGGAAUGAUGACAUGCAUUCUCUCCAUUUGCUGGCACUUCUAUUUUCUGCCCAAAAACAUUAUCAACGCGCUUUAGACGUCAUCAACCUGGCAAUCGGUGAAUAUCCAGAAAACUUCAGGUUGAUAAAUAUUGCCACCACUUGGAAUCUUGAUUCGCCACUGCAUGCAUGUUUAUUUUUCACUAAAGUCAAACUUGAAGCAGUUCACACAGGACCAGAGGAAGCACUUGAAACCUGCAAACAUAUGUUAAACAUAUGGCAGACAACCCGCAAUGCACAGUUCAGUGAUUGUGACAAGGAAAGCUGUACAACUGGGAAACGGAGCACUGUUCGAAGUAGUACAGCUGAGGGUGUAGCAACUGAGAAACGAAACACUGUUCACCUCACUUUUCCUGAUUUUCAUGAGGCUGAUGCAGGUUCUCUUCAUGUCCCAUCAAUUGCUGCUUCCCGAAUGGAACUGGCCAUGUCAGAAAUAUCUGCACAAAGCAGUGCUGUGAAACAUGCCCCCAAGCAACUGACCAUUAUUCUAGAGCAGAUUUGGCUGCAAGCAGCUGAACUUUUUCUGGAACUACAAAGGACCAAAGAAGCUUCCUUCUGCAUCCUUGAAGCAGCAAGUCUCUUCUCUAUGUCGAAUGAUGUUAUAUUCAUGCGUGGGAGACUAGAAGAGAUGAGAGGCAAUUUGAGUGGAGCCAAGCACUUUUAUAAUGAGGGUCUUGCUAUAAAUCCAAGAAGUGCAAAGAUCAUGGAACAAUUGGGAAGGACACUGCACAAAAUGGGCCGGAAUAGUUUGGCAGAAAAGUUUCUGAGAGAUGCUGUUCAGGCUCAGUCGACAUCCCACGAGGCCUGGAACAGCUUGGGGGAGGUGCUACAAGGCCAAGGGAAAUAUGAAGAUGCUGCAGAAUAUUUUCUUACCGCAUUAGAGCUGGAAGCCAGCAGUCCUGUUGUUCCGUUCACCAUCAUACCGAGAGAGCUUUGAGAUCUGCCAUGUGGGUCAAGUUGUAUAUUUCCCAAAGAUUUAAUUUGCUGACUCAUUGAGCAGAAUUCAAUUGCAAAAUAUCCAGGACAAUCGAGUCAAGCUCCUUUAGCCAGUUUUCUUUUCACUGCAAGUUCACAAUGGCCUCCUUCAUGUCCUAUAGCUCCUACUAGGAUCAGGCAGAGAUUUUCCAUUCACAGCAGUGCUAAUUAAACCAUGGGAGACACAUUGUGAGACAUUUGUGGAGCCAGUAUAUUACACAGAAUAGUAUCCAGAGCAAGGUAUUGUUAUUCUACAGCAGAUGCAGUGGCACUUUUCCAGAAUAGCCUGUGACUGUUUACUGCAUGAAGGAACUGAGAUGAACUGCCCUCAAAUUGCACGUACAUUUCAGUAUUACUGUUCUUACUCACUUCUCGCUGCACUAGAGAUCAGACCUUUACUGAGAGAGUUAUCAGGGACUGUCUUGCUGCAUGAUGUAAUCACUAUUAAUAAUUUUGGGUAAAUCACUGCAGGUUAACUCAGAGAAUUCUGCAUUGAAUUUGUCAAUUUAUCCAAGAUCCUCAGGAAUUAUAAGUUUCAAAAAAAGAUUUUCUUGCGUAUUUUCCACAUGAACAGUUUUAUGAGACAUCACAUUUUCUACUGUAAUAUUGAUGUGUCUGUUUGUCUGAUCAUUACUUAAGUGCGUGGUCCCUUUUGCUGAGCCUUUUGUUCAGCCGUUCAGUACUUCAGCUAUGACUUGUAUUUAUUGUAUAAUUCAAUCAUCUUUUAUUUUAUGGCAGCCAAUAUCCAGUAUCUUGUAGUGAUUGUAAUGAGAACAGCCAGAUGGGCAUCUUAGAAUAUGAGUUCCCUGAUUUAUGCUGUUAACCUGAUCCAAUCAGGGAGCCUUGGUUGACAGAUAUAAACAGGGGUAUCCAAAGUUCUGUUCACUCUGAGAGCCGACUCUGAGGAAGCAGGACCAGUGUGUAUUAUGUGCAUGUUAAGAUGGGAGUUGACGGGAUAUCAGCCCCUGUGGAGUUCUUACAGUGACAAUGAGAGAAAAACUGUGCUUCUGAAGAAAUUCACUUGCAGCAAUCAUCUUUGAAUUGGGGUGAGCGUUUCUGGCCUCAAGCUCUUAUUUGGGAAACUUGACUCUUUUGAUCCUGCCAUCAAAGACUGGGCCCAGUAUGUGGAAAGAAUACUUUUUUUUGAGCAAGUGACAUUGGAGAAGAUGGAAAGCAAUUACUAAUUCUCCUGACAGCUUGUGGACCUGCGGCUUUUUGGAUUGUUAGGAGCCUAGCAUUUCCUCAGGCACCAGAUACUAAAACCUUUCAAGAGUUGAUGGAUUUAGUUAAGGAAUAUUAUGACCCUAAGCAUCCUUUAAUUCUGAGAUGCUAUUGGUUUUACUCAGCAGUUCAAGAACCAUUGAAAUCCAUGUCGGGAUUUUUGACUGGGUUAAGUUAACUGGCAGAAGCUCAUGACUUUGGUUUAACCCUUAAUGAGAUGCUGAGAAACUGUUUGGUGUGUGGGAUUAAUGAUGUAGCCAUGCAAAAACGCCUACUAGCUGAAGCCCAACUGGACUUCAAACAUGCUCUGCAACAUUGGAAAAUGCCACAAGUGGAGCAUAUGAGUUACAGGGUAUUCCGAUGGAAGUGAACACCCUCACUAGUCUGACUGAUCUUGGGGAAUACCACUUGACUGAAGGCAGUUGCAUAGCCACACUCAGGCCAUAUCCUGAACAGACGGACUCAAGGUCAGCCCACAGCAAAGCCCCAAAACAAAGCCAAGUCUUGGCCAAACAGUUAAAAUUUUCUUCAGAUCUGGGCUGGCAAGCCAUUGUAGUUGCUGCUGGUAUGCAAACUUGAGUCAGCAAAGGAGUCCCAUCAGAUCUAACUUGAAUAAGAGAACUCAUAGGCUGGUACCUGGGAGAGUGCACAUCCUUAAAACCCUACCUAUACCUGGUUUAGAGCAGUUAAAUUGCUUGGCAACAUCCGAAUCAGAACCAAUCAAAAUAUACGUCCGGCUAACGUUCUAAUGGGGGUUGAAACCAGUGUGUCUGUAUCAGUGAUUGCAGAAUCGGUUUUCGACAGAAUUCGUCCUGGACUCCAACCCUUGAGUUUGCAUAAGACCUCGGCUUACGCCGUACACCGGGGAGCCUUUACAGAUUGAGGGUACAACUUCGAUUCCGGUCUCGUAUGAGAAGCAACUGGUUCACUUACUACUGAUCGUAGUAAAAGGCAUGGGGCGAAAUUGGUUGUGAAAGAUUCACCACGCCUGUCUCAACAUUUUCCAUAUACAAAGGAGCUGCCUGAGUGAAUUUCUAGUGAAAUACCUGGACGUUUUUCAGGAAGGUCUAGGUACUAUCAAAGGAGCCAAGGCCACCCUGCACAUUGACUAGGAGGUAAUUCCAUGAUUCUGCAAGGUCUGCCCAGUGCUAUCUACUUCAUGGGCAAAAGUAAAGGUGAAAAUCAGGAGGCUAGAAAGUGAAGGAAUCUUCAGAACAGUGCAGUUUGCAGAAUCGGCAGUGCCAGUUGUUCUGAUUGUGAAGCCUGAGGGGUCGGUUCGCCUUUGCUGGGAUUUUAAAUAAUCCGUAUAACAUUUCUUGCAGCUGGAUAAAUACCCGAUCCCUCACAUAGAGGAUUUUUUUACAAGCUUGCAGGGAGGGGAGGGGGUGAAUGUCCUUCACGAAGCUGGACAUGAGCCAUGCGUACCUGCAAUUGUGAUUUGAUGAGAAUUCCUGAAGUACCAAUAAACGAGACUGCCAUUUGGGGUAGUGUCAGCAUGUGCAAUUUUUCAGCAGAUGGUGGAGAACAUUUUCAAGGUCUACCGGAUCAGCAUUUAUCGAGAUGAUGUGCUAAUAACAGGGAAGUGCAAUAAAAAGCACUUAGAGAACUUGGGCAUAAUCCUUAGAUGUUUCUUCAAGGUGGGCAUAUGCCUUAGAAUGGAAAAUGUGUGUUCCAGGCACUCAGAGUGAACUACUGGGGCUUCAGACAACCAGGUUACACUCAUUGGAAGAUAAAGUGAGGGCGAUCAAAGGUGCCCCAGCUCCCGUGUCUAUACCGGAAUUUGGGUCUUUCCUUGUGUUGGUGAAUUAUUACAAGAAGUUUGUACAUCACCCGGCCUCCAUCCUGGCACCCUUGCAUCUGCUAUUGAAAAAGGGUCAGCUUUGAAAAUGGUCUCAUAGCCAAGACGUAGCCUUUAGGGAAACGAAGAAGCAGCUAUCAUUGCCUAAGGUGCUGGCACACUAUAAUUCCAAGUGAGAUCAGGUGCUGACGUGUGAAGCCUCCCUGUAUGGUAUUAAAGUAGUGUUGACUCAUAGGUGGCCCAAUGAAGAGGAACACCCAUCAGCAUUUGCUUCCUGGAGUUGGCUGAUGUACAGCACAAAUACGCCCAGAUAGAGAAGGAACACUUGGCGGUCAUUUUUGGUGUGAGAAAGUUCCACCAGUAGUUUGUAGACAUAAAUUUGUAAUAGUAAUAGACCACAAACGCCUACUAGGGCUACUCAAAGAAGACUAGGCCAUGCCUCCCAUAUCUUCAAGUCAAAGUCAGCAUUGGGCUGUCAUUCUAAGUGCAUACAGUUACAAAUUGGAACACCUUUCAAGAGGCCAAGUAAUAAUGCCGUGAGUUUCCUCUUGCUGUCAGGUACAUCAUUGAUGCCUUCCCUGGAAGAGUCUAUUCUGGUUUUAAACUUUCUGGACACCUUUCUGGUCACCGCUGAUGGUAUCAGACUGUGGAUGCAAGAAGAGCUGGUCCUGACAAAACUAAAACAGCUGAGGGUGAUGGGGAAAGCAUAAGGACCAUCAGAACCAGAACUGAAACCUUUCUGGACUCUGUGAGACCUGAUCACCGUAGAGAAUGGCAUUACAUUACAGCGAGCAAGAGCGAUUAUCCUGAGCAAAGGUCACCACCAGAUACUGGCUGAACUCCACCAGGGUCAUCCAGUUGUUCAAAAUAAAGACGUUGGUGAGAAGUUAUGUCUGGUGGCCAGGACUGAAUGCAGACAUAGCCACGUCGGUGGGGCAGUGCCCAGAGUGCCAACAAGAACAAAAGUUACACCACCAGCAGCUCCCCCAUUUUCACGGGAAUGGCCGGGUAAACCCUCGAGUCAAUUUCAUGUCAGCCAUGCUGACUCUUCCACAGGCUCAGCAUUCAUUGCCCUUGUGGACACCCACUGAAAGUGAUUGGGUGUGCAGAGAGUUCAUUGGUCAAACGCAAGGACAACAGUAGAAAAGCUGUGAGAAUCUAUUGUAAAAGACAGGUUCCUGGAAGUGUUGGUCACAGAUGAUGGGCCGUCAUUUACCUGCAGGGAAUUCAAAUAUUUCCUAAAGUUGAAUGGUAUUCAUCAUGUAAGAACAGCUCAAUACUACUCAUUGUCCAAAGGUCUGGUGGAAAGAACAGUUCAAACUUUGAAGGCAAGUUUAAUAUACAGCCUACAGCUUCAACCCUCCUGCAACUACAAGGAUAGCUCCAGCAGAGUUGCAAAUGGGGAGAAGACUUCUGGUAUUUACAAAGUUCGGGUAUGAUAAGUGGUCCUGAACAAGCAAGUGGAUCACAUGAAAGCUGCAAACUCACAAAUGGGAGCAAAACAUACCUGGCCCCCCCUCAGAACAGCCAGAAGGGCUGUCGAAACCUGUGGGUUCUUCCCCACCACCUAGCGUCGAAGAAACUUCUGAGUCUGAGAUAGGUGUGGCAGAUGUUGCAGCAUGCAUGCCUUUAUCGCCUGAAGAAAAAGGCGAAAUUCUUCCAAGCUGCUCCGGCACCACGGUCCAGUGCAUGUUGCCCAUAUCCGAGGCUGAGUCAGAGGAACCAGACCCAGUGUGAAAAUGUCCCAGGACAGGCUGCAAGAAAAAGAGCAGGCCUAUAUCCCCGGACUCAGAGGGAGAGGGAUGUCAUGAUUAUAAUGAGGUUAGCCCGGGGACCUCAUAGAAAAUGAGUUCUGUAAUUGGGGCUGUUAAUCUGAUAUAAACAGGAGGCUCAGAGGUUCUCCCACUUCCUACAGACUAAGGGGGUGGCCAUGGGCACCCGCAUGGGCCCCAGCUAUGCCUGCCUCUUUGUAGGUUACGUGGAACAGUCCAUCUUCCGCACCUACACAGGCCCCAAACCCCACCUCUUCCUCCGUUACAUUGAUGACUGUAUCGGCGCCGCCUCUUGCUCCCCAGAGGAGCUCGAACAGUUCAUCCACUUCACCAACACCUUCCACCCCAACCUUCAGUUCACCUGGGCCAUCUCCAGCACAUCCCUCACCUUCCUGGACCUCUCAGUCUCCAUCUCAGGCAACCAGCUUGUAACUGAUGUCCAUUUCAAGCCCACCGACUCUCACAGCUACCUCGAAUACACCUCCUCCCACCCACCCUCCUGCAAAAAUUCCAUCCCCUAUUCCCAAUUCCUCCGCCUCCGCCGCAUCUGCUCCCACGAUGAGGCAUUCCACUCCCACACAUCCCAGAAGUCCAAGUUCUUCAAGGACCGCAACUUUCCCCCCACAGUGGUUGAGAAUGCCCUUGACUGCGUCUCCCGCAUUUCCCGCAACACGUCCCUCACACCCCGCCUCCGCCACAACCCCCCAUCAGAGGAUCCCCCUCGUUCUCACACACCACCCCACCAACCUCCGGAUACAACACAUCAUCCUCCGACACUUUCGCCAUCUACAAUCCCACCCCACCACCCAAGAUAUUUUUCCAUCCCCACCCUUGUCUGCUUUCCGGAGAGACCACUCUCUCCGUGACUCCCGUGUUUGCUCCAAACUGCUCUCCAACCCCACCACACCCGGCACCUUCCCCUGCAACCGCAGGAAAUGCUACACUUUCCCCCACACCUCCUCCCUCACCCCUAUCCCAGGCCCCAAGAUGACUUUCCAUAUUAAGCAGAGGUUCACCUGCACAUCUGCCAAUGUGGUAUACUGUUUCCACUGUACCCGGUGUGGCUCCCCCUACAUUGGGGAAACCAAGCGGAGGCUUGGAGACCGCUUUGCAGAACACCUCCGCUCGGUUCGCAAUAAACAACUGCACCUUCCAGUCGCAAACCAUUUCCACUCCCCCUCUCAUUCUUUAGAUGACAUGUCCAUCAUGGGCCUCCUGCAGUGCCACAAUGAUGCCACCCGAAGGUUGCAGGAACAGCAACUCGUAUUCCGCUCGGGAACCCUGCAGCCCUAUGGUAUCAAUGUGGACUUCACCAGCUUCAAAAUCUCCCCUUCCCCCACUGCAUCCCAAAACCAGCCCAGUUCGUCCCCUCCCCCCACUGCACCACACAACCAGCCCAGCUCUUCCCCUCCACCCACUGCAUCCCAAAACCAGUCCAACCUGUCUCUGUCUCCCUAACCUGUUCUUCCUCUCACCCAUCCCUUCCUCCCACCCCAAGCCGCACCUCCAUCUCCUACCUACCAAACUCAUCCCACCUCCUUGACCUGUCCGUCUUCCCUGGACUGACCUAUCCCCUCCCUACCUCCCCACCUAUACUCUCCUCUCCACCUAUCUUCUUUUCUCUCCAUCUUCAGUCCGCCUCCCCCUCUCUCCCUAUUUAUUCCAGAACCCUCACCCCAUCCCCCUCUCUGAUGAAGGGUCUAGGCCCGAAACGUCAGCUUUUGUGCUCCUGAGAUGCUGCUGGGCCUGCUGUGUUCAUCCAGCCUCACAUUUUAUUAUCUUGGCUCAGAGGUUCUGAUCACUCUGAGAGCUGGCUCUGAGAGAGCUGGACCAGUGUCAAGUACUAUGCGUGUGUAAGUAAAGGAUGACUCGAUUACGGGGCACAGGCCUCUGUUGAGUUAUUACAUAUCUGGUUCCUGAUUUUAUUCUUCCCAACCCCAAAGUAUAACACAAUACCUCAUAUGAUAUUCACAAUGACAAAACUUCAGUUUAAUGUGGUUUAUUUGACAAGAUCACAACAUUGCACAUGGCUUAGUCAUGGGGAAGUUACAUUGUUGGUACUACACUCAGAGUGUGCAUCGGACGCCCAAAUAAUAAUCUAUUCUUAACUAGACUUCCUGAAAGUCUGAUUUCAUCAUUAAGGCAGCCCUGCAGUACCAGUGGCUGACUGUGCAGCAUUUAUUUACUGUAUGUCUGUGUGAUAAAGGAACUCUGUCUCCUCACAGUCCUUAGAAAAUUAUGACAGUACACAAUUCUUCAUGUGGAUACUUCUUGCUUUGUAAAUCUAUCCACAUUUUUCUCAUACUUCUCUGCAAAUUUUAAUGUUAAGGCACCAGUGGAAUUUGUAUUUGAGAAUAUUUUAUGUUGAACAAUAUGCUAGAAAACUGCCUUUUACCUCUGGGUUUGAAAGCAGCCAAAGCUGGCCGAUAAUUUUGUCUGUCUUGUAGUGAAGAAGAAUAUCCCAAAUGGCAAUAAUAUCGAAGAUAAAUAUAGAAAAUAUAAGAUGCCAGUCACACCCCACAGAAUUUCCACAAAGGAUGUUAGCUCAUGGUUCUCACCAUAGCGGGUAUUUGUAUAAAUGUAAUGUCUUUUGGUAAUGCAGGGAAAGCACUGAAUUGCGCUAUGUAGCCACACCUUAGUCACUAUCUGUUUACUGGAAAAAAUAAAAUUUUAAAAUAAUUA